AAAGUAACAAUGGACCAAGAAAGCGAGAUUAUAAUAAUAACUAUUAUUAUGCUAUAGAGCUAAAAGAUGAUUCACGAAUUUUACCUAGAGAAGUAGCUGAAUUACUUGACAUUAGAUACGAUGGACCAAUAGGAGCAUUAGACAACCAUCAUUUAUUCAGUUCUUCAAAAGAAAUAACGCAUCUAGUUUCUCGAUCUCUUGAUUCAGCUUUUGAUUUAAGUGACGAAAGUAAUGAUCGUGUUUUACUUAAGUUUCGUUCAAUAAAAGAAGAAAGGCAACAAAAUCCUUCAUUAAUAAAAAGGUCUCACGAGAUAAUUGACGAAAUACUUUCUGUUGAAAAGCAAAAACUGAGAAAAAGGCAUAAGAGAGUCCCUCCUCCAAUUCCUCAACCAAAGAACAAAGUUGAUACAGAAGAUAUAGGCACCGCUUAUGGAAUUCUUGACCCAGGAUUUAAAUAUCAAUGGCAUUUGGUUAAUACAUUGGAAAUCGAUCAUCAUAUAAAUGUUACAGAUGUAUGGAAAGAAGGUAUAACUGGUAAAGGGAUAAUAGCAGCUAUAGUUGACGAUGGCUUAGAUUUUGAGAGUGAAGAUUUGAAAGAUAACUUUUAUAAAGAAGGAUCUUACGAUUUUAACGACCAUAACCCGUUACCAAAACCUCGACUUAUUGAUGAUAACCAUGGAACGAGAUGUGCUGGUGAAAUUGCGGCCGUAAAAAAUGAUGUGUGCGGUGUAGGAGUUGCCCCAGAUGCCAAGGUUGCAGGCAUUCGUAUAUUGUCGGGAGAAAUUUCUGAUGUAGAUGAAGCUGAAGCGCUUAAUUAUAAAUUCCAAGAGAAUCACAUUUAUUCAUGUAGUUGGGGACCACCUGAUGAUGGUCAAUCGGCUGAAGCUCCCAAGGGGCUUAUUUUUAAAGCUAUUCUCAAAGGCAUUAAUGAGGGGCGUGGGGGUAAAGGUAGUUUAUUCGUAUUCGCAUCAGGCAACGGAGGUGCCAAUGAUGAUAAUUGCAAUUAUGAUGGAUAUACAAAUAGUUUAUAUACAAUGACUGUUGGAGCGGUUGACCGCACUUUUUCACAUCCGUAUUAUGCGGAAAAAUGUUCUGCUCUUUUGGUGACAACUUAUAGUAGUGGAAGUGGGAGUUUUAUUUAUACUACGGAUGUUGGACCAGGUAAUUGUACCAAUCUUCACGGGGGUACUUCAGCCGCUGCCCCAAUUGCGGCAGGAGUUUACGCUCUUGUCCUUCAAAUCAGACCGGACCUUACUUGGCGCGAUAUGCAAUAUUUGCAACUUAUCAGUGCUGUUCCGUUCAAACUUAAAGAUCCUGAGUGGGACCGUAAUGCCGCUGGACGUUUAUUCAGUCACAAAUAUGGUUAUGGAUUACUAAAUGCGUAUCGAAUUGUUCAAAAUGCUAAAACAUUUAAAAAUCUUGGGCCUCAGGUUUUCUUGGAAAUUCCAACCACCAUAGUAGAUAGACCAAUACCUAUGAAUGAUGUAGGUAUUAUAAGUGGUAUAGAAGUAAAACAAAGUGACCUCGAUGACGCUAAAUUUGGACGUUUGGAGCAUGUCACAGUUACGGUUAAUAUAGAGCACUCUCGAAGAGGCGAUAUACAAGUUGAUUUAAUUAGUCCAAAUGAGAUAAUAUCACAUCUUGGAACUCCAAGAAUGUAUGAUGAACAUCGAAGUGGUUUAACCAAUUGGACUUUUAUGAGUAUAAAGCAUUGGGAUGAAAAUCCAGUCGGUAGAUGGGCUCUUCAAGUUAGAGAUACUCAAAAUGCCGAAUUUACGGGAACAUUUAUUGACUGGAGAAUAAAGCUAUGGGGUGAACAAAAGAAUAUUACAGAAAAACCUGUUUCGACAACUGUAACACCUACAACGUUAGUCACAACUUCUCCCGAACCUUCCUCCGAUGGAAACAAAGUUAGUACGACUGAAGAAGUUAAGCCAACAAAUACAAAUUCAUCCAAAGAGAAAUCAUCUCAAUCAAGUACAUGGAUUAUAGCAGUUCUCGGUAUGGGAUUUGCUUUCAUAUUUGCUGGAUUAGCAUAUUUUGCCAAAAAACAAUUUUGGGAUGCAAAUGGUGGAAAAGGAAAAAAAUUCUUUUCGAAAGAUCUAUACGAUUCAUUACAGACUUCAGAUGCUUCGAAUAUGGGUGAAGAUUCUGUUCCUUUAACUAGAGGCAACAAACAAUUUAUGACUUCAAGAGAAUUAUUUAGUGCAUUUGGGGAUAGUUCUGGUGAAGAAGAAGAGUAUGACGAUGCAAACACUAAAGUGGUAUUUGAAAAUUCAUACAUGGAUAAAUAUAUGAAUGAAGAUGAUAAAAUUGAAAGCGAAAUAAUUAAUGAAAAGAACCUCGAAGAUGGUGGUGACGCAAGUGGUUCAGGGAACUAA